AAGAGGGGAGACAUUCUACGAAACAACUACAAACUGGUUUGAGGUUGCUGCCAAAACUGUCAAAGUCAUUGCUUAUGUGAUCAUCUUCAUUGCCGUAUUGUCCAGUGCUGUGGUUAGCAAAGCCAGUUUGCUGCUGAUAACACAGGCUGUUGGCAAUGCUGAUCUUGGCAUCGAGAAUCGGGACAGAUGGGUUUAUCUCCUAAUUGGUGCUGUGUGUUUUCCAUAUCUUGUUAUAUUUGUGGAAUCUUUCGGAAAAGCUAUUUUUGGAAACCUUCCAGGACCUUCUAUAUGGAAUUUAUUAUGGGUACUAUUUAUAGAAACAAUACACACAUUUGGGCUGUGCUUGUUCUUGUUUCGUGUCCUUCCGUGUUUGGAUACAGUUAGAUGCCUCUUGCUGAUGAAUGCACUGUGCACCGUUCCAGCCAUCCUCAGAAAAAUGGUAUGUGUGUGUGUAAUUUUUCUACAAUUUAUUCCUUCACCCAUAUUGCUGCAAUUAAUAUGUACAUAUAUGCUUUAUAAAAACGUCUCCGCCUGGCACACUGCAUACUCUCUGUCAGACAUGUCCUGGGAGAUCCCUCUCUCACUACUGCUCAUUUCCGUUAAGUGGUGGGAGAACUUCUGUGAUAAAGUAAGUAAUCUUCUUGUUUCAUCGUUUCCCUUUCAUCUCUCACUAUACAAAGAUUCCUUACACCGCUGCCGUGUCAAGUGUUAUAUUCUGGCCAGCCUGUGGAAGAUUGGUGUCACUUUUGGGUUUGCCUUCCUUCUGGUGCCCAACCUUCAAAUGGUUGACAAAGCCUUCGCGGAUCUCAUUUAUACGGAAAAGACUGUUUAUAAUGGGACCAUGCCUGGAACUUACCUCCCAUUGCUAGUGCAGAUCGCCAGCACGGGUUUGUGUUACUAUUUUGCCAGACUGGGCUGCAAAUUGUGCAUGCAGAGGGUGUCCUUUUCUAUUCCGUUGAGUCUGACUACUCCGGUGUCCGUGGCUAUCAUCAUUACGGUAUGUUACAUUUAUUUUAUUUGUAUUUCCAGAUUAGCAACCGGCAGUUUGCUGAAGUGUAUGACUAUGUCCUCCCAACAGGAGAUGGCUUUCUCAGACGACGUUAGCAUGGACAGCUCCAGCACGGACGCUACGAUGAGGCGGCAGCGAGAACAGAUUGUCCCCAAGAUCUACGUGUGCGCCACCAUGUGGCACGAGACGGAGAGGGAGAUGACAGAGUUGCUCAUGUCUGUGUUCAGGUUGGACAUGGAUCAAAGUGCCAGAAGAAACGCGCAGGAUUAUUUCAACGUGCAGGAUCCCGACUACUACGAGUUUGAAGCUCACAUCUUUGUGGACGAUGCCAUGGAUUUCAACGAAGAUGGGAACUGGAUGCCAAAUAUGUUCGUAAAACAACUAGUGGCUGUGAUGGAUGAAGCUGGCAGUGGCGUACACGAGUCAGAGAUCAGCCUUUUACCACCAGUCAAGAUUCCGACUCCCUACGGUGGACGCUUGGUGUGGACACUUCCAGGAGGAAACCUUCUAAUCGCCCACAUCAAAGACAAGAACAAGAUCAGACACAAGAAGCGCUGGUCCCAGGUCAUGUACAUGUAUUACCUCCUUGGCUACCGUCUGCUGGGUCAACAAGACGAAGCUUUCAAUUCAUCCACUUUGGAACGAGAAGAGAAGUGGAAAAGCACAUCCAACCACUUUGUCAAAGGAAACCUGUUCAAGUACAUUCCAGAGCGAGUACUAGUACAGGCUGAAAACACAUACAUCCUGGCUCUAGACGGAGAUGUCGACUUCAAGCCUCAUGCAGUACAGCUGUUGGUUGACAGGAUGAAAAAGAACAAGAAAGUUGGUGCAGCUUGUGGUCGCAUUCACCCCGUUGGUGGAGGAGCAAUGGUGUGGUACCAGAUUUUUGAGUAUGCCAUCGGUCAUUGGCUACAAAAGGCUGCUGAACACAUGUUAGGCUGUGUGCUGUGUAGUCCAGGAUGCUUCAGUUUAUUCAGGGGGUCUGCUCUCAUGGACGACAAUGUCAUGAGGACCUAUGCAACAAGAUCUUCAGAAGCUAGGCAUUAUCUUCAGUACGAUCAAGGGGAAGAUAGAUGGCUGUCCACUCUACUGCUUCAGCAGGGUUACAAAAUGGAAUACUGUGCUGCAUCCGAUGCCAUGACUCACUGUCCAGAAAGCUUCAAGGAGUUCUUCAAUCAGAGACGACGAUGGAUUCCCUCUACACUGGCUAACAUCAUGGAUCUUCUGCAGUCAUUCCGCACCACUGUCACAGCCAAUGACAAUAUCUCUUACCUGUACAUGGCCUACCAGGGCCUGCUGAUGUUAUCCACUGUGCUGGGUCCGGCAACAAUCCUGCUCAUGAUGGCCGGAGCUAUCAACCCUGUGCUAAGCAUUGACCUUUAUCAGGCAUACCUCAUCAUCGUUGGACCUAUUGCCAUCUAUCUUGUCCUGUGUUUCAUCACUAAGUCGGAAACGCAGCUGAUUCUGGCUGCCAUUCUCAUCGGAACUGCAGUACAAAUAUCUGAAGAUACAAUUGUCAGCCCUAAUGCUAUUUUCCUGAUUAUGAUGAUUGCUAUAUUUUUACUGUCAGCUUCAUUCCACCCACAAGAGUUUUUCUGUUUGCUACCCGGUGCCUUGUACUUUUUGGCUCUUCCCUCUGGUUAUGUCUUGCUUAUGGUCUAUUCUAUGUGCAACAUGCAUGUGGUGUCAUGGGGUACUCGUGAAACAUCUUCACUGGAAAGGAAAGCACAGAUGAGGCAACAUGCUGCACCAAAGAGUGUUGGGGGAAUUUAUGGAUGGAUCCAUCGUCAAGAAGAGGAAAGUGCUUGCUGUGGAAGAUUUUUCAAAGGUCUGCGACGAUUGUGUGGAUCUGGUACACAGGAUUUGAACACUGAGAUUCUUCGACAGGUUAUUGAAAAGUUGGACAAAGUGGAAGCAGGUAUGAGAAAUGUAACCACAACUGGAACAUCAGCAUUUCAGCACAGUAGAAAAAGAUCAUCAUCCAGAUCAAGGCAUUCGAAAAAGUCCAACAAAUCAACUAUCAAUGACAUUGAAGAGGAGGCGGAAAAUGGAGAUGCAAGUUCUUCCAGCUCUGCAACACUUUCUGAUGACGAAAUGUAUCUUGAUGAAGAGAGAGAUGAGCUUAUCAAUCCCAGAUGGUUAGAAGAUGCUGCAAUGAAAAAUGGCGAAAUACAGUAUCUACCAAUGCGAGAGAUAGAAUUCUGGCAACGGUGUAUUGCUAAGUACCUUCAUCCAAUAAACCCUGACAAAGCUACGGAAGCCAAGGUUUCGGUAGAGUUAAAGUCUAUGAGAAAUAACAUAGCCUUUGCCUUCUUCAUGAUGAAUGCAUUCUGGAUGGUGAUAAUCUUCAUGCUGCAACGUGUCAAGGACAAAGUCAGCAUCGUUAUUCCAAAGUACGGUGGAGGAACUCUCAGCAUAGAGCCACUGGGUCUGAUCUUCCUGAGUGUUUUUGCUGUCAUUUUGCUUUUGCAGUUCGUCGCUAUGUUGAGACAUCGAUAUGGGACUCUGCUUCACAUUCUUGCAUCCACAGAACUGAGAGUAAACAAGAAGAAAUUUAACCAGAAGCAGGCUAUCCGAGACAUUCGGCGCUAUAAAAGAAUGCUGAAGAAUCACUCUGCAGAAACUGGUCAGGACCCCGACUUUGAUCCCUUCAUGAGCAGGUCAUUGAGAGAAACCAGAAGACCAAACAAAAGAGAGUCGGUGGAAGAUGUU